AUGGCAAAGAGACGUGAUGAGCAACCGGCCAAUCGGGACAGAGGCCAUGAUCAAAGGAAGAAUAGACCACCGUUCAAACACGUCAAACAACACAACCGACCAGAUGACGUACCACGUUUCACUCCAUUGAACAGACCCUUGGUGGAAGUUUUGCAGUUUGCCGAGCAAUGCAAUCUGGUCCACCCGCCGGAGCCGGUACCUGAGGGGGAGGACAAGAGCAAGUAUUGUGCUUUCCACAGAGUCAAGGGACACAAUACUUCGGAGUGCAUGGCCUUGCGCGUGCUCAUCGAACAACUCAUUCAGAAUGGAGAGUUGGGGCAAUUUGUGAUGAAGGGAGAUAGAAACAAAGGAAAAACGGAGAGGAAUGUGUGGAAAAGGAAUCCCGAAAAGAACAACAAGGCAUUCGUCCCACCUGGGACAGCUGACGAGAAGGCUGUCGGAAAGAAACCAGUGAUCCACGUCAUCUACGGGGGCCCUGAAGGAGGUGACUCUUCGCGCCAAAGGAAGCAAUGGGCGAGGAACUUAUACGUUGGGACGAUCCACUCGGAACCCCGAGAGAAGAAAAAGCGUACAGAGCCAAUAUCUUUCACUGACGAUGAUCUACCACUCCAUGGGGAAACCCAAAAUGACCCGCUCGUCGUCACACUAGAUGUCAGCGGAACGGAUGUCCAGCGGGUGCUGGUCGACACAGGGAGCUCUGUGAACAUUUUAUAUUUUGACGUCUUUACACAAUUGGGUUUGUCCACCGAUCGGUUAACCCCCAUUCGGACCCCGCUGUCUGGUUUCACUGGCGACUCCAUAGAAGCAGAGGGAGUCAUCCGCUUGGACGUGGAGUUGGGCAGCCAACCGAACGUAUUGAAGACUACCAUGGACUUUGUGGUAGUAAAAUUGAAAUGUGUUCACAACGCUAUACUUGGACGACCAGGCAUCACUCGCGCAGCUGCUGUUAUAUCCAUGAGCCACUUGUGCAUGAAGUUCCAUACACCUAAUGGGAUUGGAGUGGUCCGAGGAGACCAACGUGCUGCUCGGCAAUGCUACGUGCGAGCGGUCAAGCAGUCGGACCGGGAGGAAAGUAGGAUUCACACCAUAUCCCAGCAGGUCGACCAUGGAGAGCUGAAGGAAAAACCACAACCUGCCUCAGAAUUGGAAGAAAUCAUACUUGACUCCGACCGACCAGAAAGAGUAGUCAAGAUCGGUCGAGGACUCCCUGUCGACCUACGUGAAGACAUCAUUGGAGUGUUGCAGAGAUACAAGAAUGUUUUCGCUUGGGGACCGGAAGACAUGCUCGGAGUUGAUCGAUCUGUCAUUUGCCACCGCUUGUCAAUCCAGCCAGGUUCAAAACCGGUCAAGCAAAAGAAAAGGCACCUGUCGAGUGAAAGAAGGGAAUUCGUGAAAAAGGAGACCGCCACACUCUUGGCAGUAGGGCACGUCCGAGAAGUCCUCUACCCGGAAUGGUUAGCCAAUGUAGUCCUUGCGCCUAAACCGCCAACAUGGAGAAUGUGCGUGGACUACACCGAUUUGAACAAAGCUUGUCCGAAGGAUCCAUAUCCCUUACCAAAUCCCGACCAGAUGGUUGAUGAAACAGCCGGGUACGGAGUGUUUUGCUAUGUGGUAAUGGCAUUUGGUCUGCGGAACUCCGGAGCUACAUACCAAAGGAUGGUGAACAAGCUGUUUAAAGGAUUGCUCGGGUCGACUAUGGAAGCAUAUGUGGAUGACAUGCUCAUCAAGAGUCGACUGAAGGAAACUCAUCCUGCCGAUCUUGCCCGGGCAUUCAAGAUUUUGAAAAAAUCGAAUGGCUUUGAAUGGACGCCGGCGUGUCAAUCGGCUUUUGAAGAUUUGAAGGUGUACUUGAGCUCUGCACCAGUCCUAUCGAAGCCAGAGAAAGAUGAGGUCUUGUUCGUUUAUUUGGCUGUGUCCGACCGAGCGGUCAGCUCCGUGCUCGUCCGUGAAGAAAACAAGGGAAUCCAGAAGCCGAUCUACUACGUGAGCAAAGCUCUUCAAGGACCGGAGCUGAGGUACACAAAAUUUGAGAAGACAGCGUUGGCGCUCUGGGCAACAGCCAAAAGACUUGCAGCCUACUUCCAGGCUCACCCGAUAGUAGUGCUAACCGAUCAACCGUUAGGAACGAUCCUCAGGAAUCCAACAUCAUCAGGGCGAUUAAUCAAAUGGGCCAUGAUGCUCACCCAGUUCGCGAUUGAGUAUAAGCCCCGUCCUGCCAUCAAGGGUCAAGCAUUGGUUGAUUUCAUCGUCGAGUGCACCGCACGCGACCCGGAACCCGACCGACCGACUGCGCUGGAAGAACCGUGGUGGGAAGUUUCUACUGAUGGGUCGUCAAGCAAGAAGGGAUGUGGGGGUGGAAUUGUGCUCACCUCCCCUGAGGGCUUCAAGAUUUAUCAAGCCUUGAUUUUCAAAUUCCAACCUACCAAUAACGAAGCAGAAUACGAGGCGCUCAUCGGCGGGUUGCGACUGGCUAAGCAGAUGAAGGCUGAACGGUUAAGGGCACGAUCAGACUCCCGGUUAAUAAUCGGACAGCUAUCCAGCACGAUCGAUGCAAAGGAGGACCGGAUGAUACAGUACAAGGAUAUUGCGCUCGAACUACUACAACAAUUCAAAAAAUACGAGCUGAUCCAAAUACCAAGGAUGGAGAACACGGACGCUGACAUGCUCUCCAAGUUGACUCAAGAAGCUCCUGAAUACGUGUCCAAAAUCGCACGCAUUGAAGAAGUCGGAGCGCCAAGCAUUGAUGUCAUAGAGGUCCACCCGGUCGAGAUAGGCGAGCCAGACUGGAUGUACGACUUGAAGAAUUACAUCGCCAACGGCACUCUACCUGACGACUCCUCCCGGGCAAAGAAAGUUAAGUUGAGGGCACCGCGCUUCCAAUUGGUCGAUGAUAGACUCUACAAAAGAUCAUAUGGUGGACCGCUUCUUCGGUGCUUAACCAACGACGAGGCGAAAAUUGUGAUGGAGGAAGUUCAUGAGGGGAUCUGUUCUGCCCAUCAAGGACCGAGAACACUCGCGCAAAAGAUCGUUCUAAUGGGUUACUACUGGCCUUCGAUCAACUUGGAUUGCGAGCAGUAUGUUCGACGAUGCGCCACUUGCCAAGAAUUUCACAAGUUACCAGGUCGACCAGCCACCUACUAUCAACCCGUCAGCGAGGUAAUACCAUUUGCGAGGUGGGGAGUGGACCUGAUCGGAGCAUUCCCAAUGGCAGCUGGACGCAAAAAGUAUGUGAUUGUGGCGAUUGAUUACUUCACUAAGUGGGUGGAAGCAAAGGCUUUGGCAACUAUCACUUCUCAACAGUGUCAAAAGUUCCUUUGGAAAAAUGUGAUUACUCGUUUCGGGGUACCCGUUCAAUUGAUCACAGACAACGGGACACAAUUUGAUAGCCGGCCAUUUAAGAACUUCAUGGCUCAUUUGGGCAUAAGGCAUACCCGGGUGGCCGUAGCUUACCCGCAAGCGAAUGGUCAAGUGGAGAACACCAACCGGACGAUCUUGGAUGGAUUGAAAAAGAAAUUGCAAACUGCGGGUCGAGGCUGGGUUGAAGAGCUUUCGUAUGUUCUUUGGACGUACCGGACCACCCCGCGUCGGGCAACGAAUGAGACACCUUUCUCCCUGACGUAUGGAUUCGAGACGAAAAAAGGGACAUGGCAGCUCGGAGGUUAA